UUUAGCGUCUGUGUGAUAGGGUAAGAUGACAAUACUGUCUCGGCAGUUGAACACGGGAGUAGACAUAACAGGAGCUCAGUCUUUAUUGUAUAGAGAUAUAUGUACUGAUCUAUAGAGGCUUUGAAUGUGCUUCAGCCUGGUGUGGAGGCCUGAGACCAGUCCGACUCCAUUUGUCACUAAAAUCACAGGCAGACAAUGUCUCAUGAGGAGAAACAGGACAAUAGACCCUCAGAACAGGAGGAAGAGUUGGGAGAGACCUUCCUCAAAGAACUAUACACAUACAUGAAGAAGAGAAAUACACCUAUAGAGAGAAUACCACACCUGGGCUUCAAACAGAUCGAUCUUUUCAUGAUGUACAAAACUGUGAAAAGCUUCGGCGGCUACCACCAGGUGACAGCCCAGCAGAUGUGGAAACAAGUAUACAACAUCCUGGGAGGAAACCCUAGAAGUACCAGUGCAGCCACUUGCACACGUAGACACUACGAGAAGCUGCUACUGCCAUACGAGUGUCACAUAAGAGGAGGAGACUACACGGAUGCUCUGCCGCCACGCCAGCAGAAGCGUUUACAUUCCAGUGAGGAGGAUGAGUGCUCCAGGACAGCCAAGUGUAGCAUGACAUCCCUACACCAGAGCCAUCACACCUUCCUGACCGACUCCAGAUUGCGGAUCAUCCCUAUUCCCUACCAUCACUACUACCACCACCUUGGUCACCCCAUGGAGACAUCUCAGUCCCAGUACGUCCACCCAGAGCUUACUUCCAGCAGCCAACCUGGCCCCCAGUCCUCCUAUCUCACCUCCACUCAAGGGCAGGCACAGAGUGCCAAGCAGCCUCUGGAGCGCCUGCGCUUCCUGGCCGACCGGUACAAGUGCACCUCAGGCUGGACUGAGCCACUCAACCUCAGUCGCAAGAGAUCUGGUCUGGAGUCAGGAAUUCACCCCGCUUCAUCCUUUACCCCUCCUCCCUCCAAUAAAUCUCCAAAGUUCUUAAACACGCCAUCCCCCCUGUACCCUGUCAAGGGGCUGGCUAAAGAUGAGGGUUGUGAGCCAGGUGAGGGAGAGUCACCUCCAGGGAGGUCUUAUCACUACCCUGUGGCAGUCAGAGAUGAUUAUAUCAUUGACCUCACUUCCUCCUCUUCUGGGGGUUCCUCCAGCAGCCCAACCCCGGCCUACAGCACACGCAUGAAGACAGUGUCCCCAGUCCGAAAUCUUCUGCAGAAUCGUAGGGCCAGCACUCCCUCCAUGGCCAACGUCCCCAAACAGCCAAAGAGAGAGUACCCAGAUUGGUCUACAGGGGUGAUGAGAGGGGAAAGUCCCAAGAACAGUCUGGAGCCUCUCAAUCUCAGCUCCAAUCUUCUUUGUCCUCCUACAGAGACAGAGGGAAGGAUGGAAAUUCAAAUCCCACUGGCACUGCUCCAAGACUUGAUUAAAGGAGGCCUGCUGUGUGGGCCUUCUGGCUCCCGGCAUGGGGCUCUAUCCUUGAAGUGUCCAACACUACCAGACCCAACACUGGGUCAGACCACAGGCUUAGAGACCACAGAAAGGGAUCUGGCCUGGUCUGACAACUCUCCCGCCAUGGCUACCCAUGCUGACCAAGUCUCCCACAGCCAUCACAGAAACUUGGACAGGGAUUCUGGGAAGAGUCUGGAAAAGCACAAGAACUUGCCUAGGCUCCUUUCCAGUCCCUGUCUCCCUAUGGAGCCUUACCAGUUCUCCAGCCACAAGCCUCAGCCAUCAGACAGCAUCCUCUGUAACACAGACAGCCAAGACUUGUGUCCUUGGAAGGAACAGGAUGCCUCCAGGAGGCCUUACCGCCCAAAACCCAUACACCCCCAAGAUCUACAGGACAGGGCCAAGCCAGUCCCCUUGAAUAGACACCCCAACAGCCAAACUAUGAGGCAAGAUGGUGUAGGCUCCACGUCCCUGGGAUAUGGUCUAGACGUAUCUCAGGGAAGGGCAGAAAAUCCUGGUAUAGCUCUGAUGGUGAACCCCACAAUUCCCUCUCUAGGACCACUGACAACUGAGGAGUUCAUCAAGUUAAAGAGGCUCAUCUCAAGCUCCCUGUGAAUAGAUUGGAAAAGCAAGACAAAAUCCUGCUAAUUACCGAAAUCAUGAUCCAAUCUGGAUGAGUUACACUGUUACAAGUUACUCAGUGUAAAACUUGAAAAGCAUAGUUGACUGCACAUACAUGUAUAAUCUUGUAUAGUUAAAUGCCCUGACACAUAACAGAGACACAUCUACAGUACAGUCUCAGUAUUAUAUACAGUUCAGGAGACAUUGUAGCAUUACUGUUGACUAAUUGUAGCAUUACUGUUGACUUACUGUUAACAUACUUCAUUGACUAAUGUCUUAAGUAGCUGUGUUUUGUUAUUGAAGCAAAUACAACGUACUGGAGUUAAAAGGUUAUUUGUUAUUAAUUGUGCUAUCAUCUCAGGGGUUUGUUUUGAAAUGUAAUUAACAUUGAAAUUGCAUUUUUGUAUGCUUGAUACAAAAUUAAACAGGUUUACCACCCAGACAGCAAUAGGACUUUUUUGAGAAUUAUUGAGAAUGUCCAAUCCUAUGGCUGUUUUACCAACCAUACUAUUUUGUGGAUUAACAAACAAAUGCAAAUAUUAAUGAGACAUUUUAUUAUAAACAUGUUG